GUUUGCUACCUAAACACUACACAAGAAGAAGAAGAAGAACAAGCAAGAUAGUAAGACAGAAAGAUUAGUAAUUUUAAGAUAUUGAGUUUUACGUGGUCUUUUUAAAUUUAUAAUUAAGGUCACUUCGGGUCUUAACAUGAUUCCUGUGUUAUCAAAAAGUUCAGUGGGCAUGAGGGAUCCCAAGAGAGUGGAACAGAUAUUGACAUCCAUGAGAAAUGCAGGGCCUAGCACGCUACAGGUAAUCUCAGAUUUUGAUAUGACUCUCACCAGGUUCGCCUACAAUGGCAAACGCUGUCCUACCUCCCAUAAUAUUCUGGACAAUAGCAAACUGAUCAGUGAAGACUGCAAAGCCAAGCUGAAAAACCUUCUGGACACUUACUACCCUAUCGAGAUCGAUUCCACACGCUCAGUGGAAGAGAAGUUACCACUCAUGGUUGAAUGGUGGACUAAAGCUCAUGAGCUCCUUGUGCAGCAGAAAAUCAGUAAGGAUCAUUUGGCUCUAGCUGUGAGAGAGUCUGAAGCCAUGCUGAGGGAUGGAUACCAGCAGUUCUUUGAUGAUCUCCAUCAGACGUCUGUUCCUCUGCUGAUCUUCUCUGCUGGAGUUGGGGAUGUGUUGGAGGAAGUGAUCAGACAAGCGGGUGUGUUUCAUCCUAAUGUUAAAGUCUUCUCCAAUUACAUGGACUUUGAUGAGUCUGGUGUUUUGCGGGCAUUUAAAGGAGAGCUGAUUCACAUCUACAACAAACGGGAAGGAGCUCUGCUCAAUACUGAACACUUCAAGGAACUCCAGAGCCGCUGUAAUGUCCUCCUGCUCGGAGACUCUCUUGGGGAUCUCAACAUGGCUGAUGGAGUCAUGAACUUACAAAAUGUCCUGAAGAUCGGAUACCUCAAUGAUAAGGUGGAUGAGAGGAGACAGUCAUACUUAAACUCAUAUGAUAUCAUCUUGGAGAAAGAUGAAACCAUGGAUGUUCCUAAUGCCAUCUUACAAUACAUCUUAGGACAAUGAACUUAGACCUCAGAUCUCCAAGACAAGGACAGAAUCAGUAAUUUUCUUUUCUGUGGGUUGGAAUAUUAUUCUGUUGUUUUUCUACCGUGACAACUUCUGCAUGUUCAUUUUCCACCAUUAUCUAGAUUACUGUAUUACUGUAUUAUUCUAUCUGCACACAGUCGAGAAGGACCUCAAAGGCACCAACUUGGUAUCUCCAGUUUAGAUCCGUUAAUCAGGGAUUAUGGUUCUGCUCAUCUUUCUCUCACUGAAGGUCACAAAGUAAAGAAGUAUUUUAGUGGAGGUGUCAUGAUGUUAACUGUGUAUUUAAUAAGUCAGUACAUUAUAUGAAGGGCAAUCUGUUUGUCUCUAGCCAAAAUGCAUUUAAUGAGAUGUCUUGUUUUAAAAAUGGACAAGUAAAAGAAUAGAACUAAAAGGUUUAGUCCUAAGAAAUAAUUUUUGAAAAAGUUCUUAAGUAAAAAGGUUUUCUUAGACCAGAUGUUAAACUUACAUUAGUCAGAGCAACUAAUUUGUAUAGAUUGUUGCUAUAGAGUUAUUUUACAGGUUUCAGAGAAAGAGCAUGAAGUAAGCUAGAAUUUGUUACAUUGAGAUAUGUUUGACUUGUUUUAAUGUUUCUCCCAUUAAAAAAAAAACAACAACACACAUUUUAUUUCACUUUAGUAGUUCUGUUAGGCCCAUCAUGGUUAUUCUAAAUCCAAGACUUUUUUUUUUUCUAUUUUAUGUCAGCUGUCAUGCAGGUGUCAUGCAGUAGGUCUCAAUUUCAUAUUUGAACCGCUCAAAUGUGUGUGUGCACAAGAACCAGUGAGCUCAGCUCUGGGCUGUGUCUUGCUUUGGACUUGACUGACAGCAUUCUGGCAUUCGGACAACACAAGCCUAAUACUUUCUAACCCUAUCUCCGUUUUCCUGUAUGUUGUAAAUUGUACUUAUAUAAAAUACAAGAUGUGAUAUCAGCAGA